AUGCUACCCGCAAGGUUGUUUGAUGUCCUUUGUUUAGAAAGAACAUGUUGCCAGUACCGCGGCGAUCCUCGUGUUCAACUCCAUGUGUUAACACACCCCAACAUGACAGUCUUCCGCAAAUGCGACCUAGACAAUGACGCUGGUCUGUAUUCAAUAGCAAACCUCAAACAACUUCGCAUCCUCGCAAUGGAUCCACCGCGUAAUGAAAGAGCUAGUCGCGUAGGACGUUGUGUUUCCCAAGCUGGCAUAAUAAUGUUGGAAGCCAGAGAAAAUAUUCAGUCACCUCAGAAAUUUGACUAUAGG